AUGAUCAACGUUUCAUUUCGAUCCAGCAGAUUGUGCAGGAUAACUCAACAACAUGUCUGUCAGGACUUACGCCGACACGCUUGCAUCUGACAUCGAAUCGCUCUCCGGCAAUGCGCCAAAGGCUUGGAGUCCCUAUGGUCUAGAUCCAAUGGUUUCCGUUCCGAAGCGUCGUAAAACCGAAGGACUGAACGCCCGCUUCGACCGGAUGAUCGAGACAGUGAAUGUGGUACAUCGCUCUUCAGUCGAUGCAAUAAAACAGUCUCGUCGCCGUCGUGCUGCCUCGUCCGCAAGCGGGUCUUCUUCCACUGCUAGUUAUGACAUACCGAAGACACCAGUAGACACAUAUCUCGGUCACCAUGAAGGAAGAUUUGGCCAGAACGUUUCCCUCGCCACCAAAACCCAGCGUUCGUCACCUGAAUGGGAUGCUGCUGCAUCUUUCUUUGGCUCAUCAUCAGUUGCUCAUAAGGAACCUGUUCCCGAUUGGCUCUGCGAAACGGUUUCAACCCUCAAUAGCGAUCAUCCGCUUCGCGCGAUGAUACCCCUACCACAUAUUAUCAAUCAAACAUUGCAGUCUCCUUUUCGUGCAGAGAGUCACGCUCUUUCUGGUCCUGAAUCCAUACCCCGUAAUGCGGAAAUGGACGAUCACAUAUUCGCUUUCAGACCACCAGCUGCCUCGCACCCAUCGCAACCUCAUCCUCAUCAUGAAACCAUCAUGAGUCCAUAUACGUCCGGACUAGACGUCGCUGGUACUGACCGCUUUGAACCUAGCCUAAAUACUGACAUGCCCUACCUUGUCGCUGCCAAAAAUGUACUGGAAAAUUCACUCGAUGCUCGCACCUUCAUUCCUGCUCCUUUCACAACUCCUGGUCCCGUGUCUGCUCUCUCUAGCUUUUCCACACCCCUGGCUUUACCACACGCUUUGGAUCUUGAAACACUAAAGUCCCCUGGUCUUCUUUGGUAUCAAAAGGAGCAUCCUGACGUCAAACCCUUCUCUGUUCCUGGACCUGUUGUUUCUACUAUACCUGCUUCACCAAUAAUCGCUAAUAGCCGCAUACAACCACAAUCUACUCCAUCAGUUCAUUCUACACGCUUUCUAGAUCGUUCAUUUGACUGGGUCCCGGACCAAGAUUCCGACCCUGAGCAGUACUCACUCUCUGACAUUCUUCGGUCAUCCUCUCCUGCCCCUCUGCCCAUCGACGUUUCUCGUUCACCUUCUCCCAAUGCAAGAGCGCUCGCCUCACAGAAUGACUAUCCGGCUGAUGGACCUGGGUCAGUAUAUGCGUGCACAUUAAAUCGUAAAGAAAGCCCCAACGCGUCCUCGAACGGAGGAAAUGCCUUUCCGUCCCAAUUGCACACGCCUAUAUCACCAGGAGCACCCCUGGUUACACCGCAUCCUCCUAGGGCGCCUGCCUUCAAAGUGUACUUCGACGAUCCUGUUGAGGAUCCUAGCGACCCAUCGUCCGAUUCUUUGGAGAGAUCUAACUAUGAACUUGAUUUGGAUUAUGGUUCCCUGGAUUUCAAAUGGAAAAGAUUCGACCCCGCCGGACUUCCUGAAGAGGUCGGCAUACAUACGGACGCGCCGAUGAACUUCUGGGCAAGACAGGCGGAGGAAAGCGACGACCCAAACCACGUGGGAAUGGAACGUCCACUGCCAGUAUCUCCCCGUACACCUGACCGUACGUGUGUUGUCGCGUCACCAUCAGGUGAACGCCCAUUCACCGCCAACGACGCGAGCUCCUCUCAGUUUGAUAUUGAACGACUUGAACGUAGCGAUGUUUCCUGGAUUCUUCCGCUGCAUGGUGCCAAGGCGAUCAAGUCCCGAAACCAGGCGCAUAUACCAACAAGGGAUGAUAUGGACGAGAUCUCUCAGGGUGGCGAUGAUCGACGCAAGUCUGUGAAGAUUAUAGAAUUCGCUCCUGCGCCCGGAAUUUACGUCUCUCCUCUCCGCAACCAGAAGGGCAGAGAUGGUAUUGAGCCUCAAACGGUUUCGAGAUCUGUUGAGGACGCUCCGUCAAAGACCGUUGAGGAUGCCAGCGUCUCCAAGGAUCCGUGUACACCAAUCCAACGGGUUCGGCCAACUAGUGACCUUAGUGUUGCUGACCGUUCGCGCAAGACUGUCUCAAACUCAAAUAAAAUCACUCUACACUCUGCUGCACAGCAAUCCGAAGUAGGCCAAGGGAAGCAACGCGAUCUGAAGGAUGAGAAUAAGAAUGGUGUUGAUGAUCCUAUAGAGGAAAUAGUGGGCCCAUCGCAAAGUCAAGAGUCGAAUGACAGCAUUGAAUCAUGGACAGCCAUUGCCUCCUAGUGUCGGAGUCAUUUUGAGUACAUCUUGUGUACAGUGACUCCCGUUUCUGAUCACAUCUUGACACAGGCUCCUGGUAUGAUCAUGCUUGGCAUCUCUGUUUAAGUGGGUUUGGUCAGGGGGGAAAUGGAAAGAUUGGAUCACUUGACGUAUUCUCUUCGUACAUCGGUGAGCGGUCUGUCGGCGCUCCCUUCGCGGUGCUCUUUGGCCGAUGCGUCGGCUUUCAGAUCUACGAGAGUCUAACUGUGGUGAUGAUGGAAACGUCUGGAUUCAGUUGCAGUUGCUUCCAGGCUUGUAUUAGCAGGAUUUGUGAGAUGUGCACAUCAAUUUUUUUGAUUCUACUCGAUCAUGAGCGAAGGCGCUUUACUGAACGCCUUAUGCUUCCGAUUGCCUCUCUGAUGUUUCGGGAAAGGUUGUAGAGUCCUAUAGCCUUCGGGCUCAGCUAGUGUUCACACAGUCUAGCACUUGACCUUCGGCUGGCUGAGGAGCCAUUUUACAUUUUGCGGCGAGAAGUCGAGUUCCUCUGUAUACACAUCAAGGGACGUGUCGCGCUCAUUGCUCUUGAUGAUACUUUACAUUUCCUUCCCAUCAUAGAUCACGAAAUUAGGAACAAACUUGCAUGGUU